AUGUCAGUCACAAAGCAAAAUAUCGACCAAAUCAUUAAUGAAAUUCCACUUCGCUACCGGGGUCCCGGUGGUGCGGUCGCUGUCGUCAAAGAUGGCGAAGUCGUCGGCCAACGCGUCUGGGGAUACGCCGAUCAAUCUCGUCGUAUCCUCGUAGAACCAUCCACCCAAUUCCCGAUAUGCUCAAUCACCAAGCAAUUCGUGUGCGGCUUGAUGAUGGAUCUUCACCGGAAUCCGACCCCCGCGAUGGCAGCUAAGGGCGACGUGCAUAGUCAAUUUACGGAAAAGCUGCAUGAGUUGCUCCCCUUGGCGAGGGAGAAGGGUCUGACACUUCAGAACUUGUGUGAUAUGCAGUCCGGCAUUCGCGAUUACUGGGCCAUGACUACCCUUUGGGGUGUGAAACCAGAUGACGAGUUCUUGGUCGAUAGGGAUUGUCCUCCGAUGCUGGACAGGACCAAGUCGCUUCACUUCGAGCCAGGCACGGAGUACUCAUACUCGAAUGUGAAUUUCCACCUAGUGGGACGAAUCAUUGAGCGUGUCACUGGCGAGCCACUUGGAAAGCUGCUUGAAGAGAGAAUUCUCAAGCCGGCGGGGAUGACUACUGCACUACUUUGCCCGAAUACUGCACACCACCCUCCUCCCUGCGUCGGCUAUGAAGGCAACGAGGAUCAUGGAUUCUACGAUGCAGUCAAUCGUAUGGAAUGGUCGGGCGAUGCCGGAAUGGUGGCUUCUUUGAAUGACAUGAUCGCUUAUGAGAAAUACCUCGAUCGGCUGUAUGCUGACCCUCAGAGCUGGUAUCACACUGCGACAAGGCCACAAACCUUUAGCGAUGGUACAGCUGCGAGAUAUCAUUACGGCCUGAAUCAUGUGGAUAUUAAUGGCGUCGACUCGAUCGGCCACGGUGGAGCUCUAAGAGGAUACCGGCUGCAUCGGAGACAUGUGCCAGAGGAGCAUCUGUCCGUCGUGGUUCUAUUCAACCACGAGGCCGAUGCAUCAGCAGCGGUCGACCAUAUUCUUCGAGGCGUAUUAAACCGACCCAAUCCAGAGAAUGCAUCAGUGGAGCCAGCCACAGAAUGGUAUGGCGUUUUCCUCGACCAGGACACUCAAUUGGCCAUCACUGUCGCCAAGAGUUCGCAAGUAGGAGAAGUCUUAAUCACAUACGACACUCACUUGGAGGCUGCACCGCUCAAGUUGACCGACGCAAAGAAUGGCAAAGCACGCACUAUGACUGGCUCCAUUGACGGUGAUGUCCUUAGCAUUCAUCGCGUGUCGGAUAACCGGAAACUCGAGGCUCGGCGCCUCACUCCGCGUGAGGGCGCUCUCAAGGAUACGGCAUUGGUGGGCGAUUAUUAUUCAGAAGAAGUCGAUUCUACCUUCCACUGCAUUGGAGAAGCGGGUAUGUUGUAUGGUUUCUUUGAUGGAUAUCUCGGACAAGGUAUCGUGACGUCGAUGCGGUAUCUUGGGGAUGAUGUCUGGGCUCUGAGCUGUCCGCGUGGUUUGGAUGCACCGGCACCUGGUGACUGGACUGUAGUGAUCCACCGCGACGAGAGUGGUUCUGUUGUGGGCUUCAAAAUUGGCUGUUGGUUAGCUAGGGGAGUAGAAUUUGUCAAGAAGCAGUAA